CGAGACGAGGGGCACUCGCACGAUCAGGAACGAGAGGAAGACACAAACAUCUGCGGAUGACGGCCAUGCGAUGAAACAGCCGCUAGGACAACGGCUACUUUCCUAUCGCUGCUGUAGCGCCGUCUUCCCGCAUACAUCGUGGAACAGGUAUUCAAGGGAUUACGAAGUGGUACGGACUGGGGUGAUGUCGUCGCCGUGGGAGGCGGGCCAGGCGGCUGACCAACGUCGGUCGCUGACCGGCUACAACAUCAGAGACAGGGCACGCCGUGCGCUUGCUUCUGGCGCUGAUGUGCUCUCCACAGCGAUGGCUUCCAAUCAGUCUCAGGAUGAGAAUGCGAGUCGUGCAGAGCCACGGCGACGGCUGCCACGGCUUUCUACGGCCACCAAUGCUUCCUCGCUCGAUGUAGGUUCCUCGUCAUCGUCGUCACCCAUCUCCGCCUCUUCAAGGAUGUCGGUCUCGAGCGCAAAUCUAGCGAGGGCGAUCAAGAACCGAUCCACCUCGCUCUCUUCGCUGUCUGAGUAUUUGGGAUCGACGAACCUUUCGAGCGAGACGAGCGGCAGCAGCACGGCCAGCAGUGUACGGAGCUCGGAUAGCAAUAGCACUCGAGGUGCGCAGGAGAAAGGCCCAGGUGGGGAAAGGACGUACAAGCGAAGAAUAGUGCCGCAGAGGAGAUCGACAGCGACGCUCCUGCAUGACAUUCGAGCCAAAACACGGUCGUAUACGACUGCCCACCUCGGUCCUGCUGGCAGGAUGCACGAGCACAACCUCUACCCACUACCCCCUCCCGGUCAUGUUAGACCGGUCCUUCUGCCGACGUACGCAGUGAAGGAAAAGGAAGCCAUUAGCAUCCGUAUCGACGGCUUUGUCGAGGUGUGGCCCACCUCGACGGGCACGACGCAGCGCGUCUUCAAUCAGAUGGUUCGGCAGCUUGCUGGUCUUCCGAAGCUGCCUCGUCAACAGCCGACACCUCCGAGGCUGGGCAAUCUCCCGCCAUGGACACCUGCGACUCCUUCGUCCCAGAGCGCCCCUGUCUCGCCCUUGAAUGCCAACACCGACGACGCCACCUUCUUUCCAGAUGUGCCCAGUGGCAUCGAGGGGGGAAAGGCGUGGGAGGACGAGGAAGGGACGGCAGAGACGCUGACGAGGCGAGCAUUGGAGGUGGCAAAUGUGGACAAGACGGUAGACAAGGUAUUGCAGGGCGUGGGUGCGCUGCCUGUCGACGAUGAUCGAUUGCCGGAGAGUUGGAGGCAUCAUCACAAGGCACAGCAAGAAGCCGAAGCGGCGGCAGAAAACCCGAAACAACAACAGCAGCAGCAGAUGAGACAAAGACUGCAAAAGCAAGAGGAACAGGAGCAAGUCGGCCUCCUCGGCGGAUCUCAAUUCUGGGCUGGCAGGUCGCUCGAGGAGAUCAAGGGGCUGUGGGAGGUGCUGGAGCAUCGGCUCAAGUCCUUCUGGACCUAUCGGCAACCGUGGACGGAGGUCUUGAUCGAAGUGGUGCCCGUCUUUGACGAUGCUUCCGACAAGGAGGCCCCGCAGUGGACUAUCGACGACCACCGGCACGAGCCGAGGGAGGGCGACGAAGCAGUGGAGCCGCUGAUGGCGGCCACGAGGCUGCACAGUGACGCCCACGGCCUCUUUUCGUCGUACAUCACCAUCCCAUUCGACAAGCUGGACCACUACAUGGCUGCGUGCCAGUUCGACACGAAUCGAUCGGCGAGCAGCCUCGUCGGCUUCAAGGUGCGUGGGACCCUCUCGAGUGGGAGCGGCGCCGAAGAGGAGAGCAAGGUCAAGUCGCCCUGGCAGACGAUCACGCUGGGCCGGGACGAGCCGACGUCGGUGCGCGUCAUCUGCGACAUUGACGACACCUCCAAGCACACCGAGGUCCUUGCUGGCUCGCGCGCGGUGAUGCGAAACGUUUUUGCGAGGCCGUUUGACGAGGUGGCCAUCCCCGGCGUCUCGACGUGGUUCGAGCAGAUGUCGUCGUCGUGGAAGGAAGCGCAUGCCGCCAUGGAGCGCGAGGGUGCCACAGGCGGGGUGGAUGGGUGGCAUUUCAUCACCAAUGCGCCCGCCGAGAUGCAUGGCAUCAUCAAGGCCUACCUCAGCGUGUCGUCGCUCCCGCCUGGCCACCUGGCGCUGAAGCACUACCCGUCCAAGUCGGGCUCACUGCCGCUGCUCCAGGCCUACCUCCAGCCGGCGGGCACGCGCAAGCGCCAGAACCUCGAGCGCGUCCUCGACGACUUCCCACAGUCGGCCUUUGUCCUCGUGGGCGACAGCGGCGAGAUGGACCUCGAGGUGUAUGCGCAGCUGGCCGGACAGCGGCCCGCUCAGAUCCGUGGCAUUUGGAUUAGAGACGUGGGCAACCUUGCGCCUGUUGUACAGCAACCCCAGCAGCAGGGGCCGCAACAGCAGGGGCAAGCGACGGCGAUGCAGACUGGCAGCGCCGGGCUAGCGAGGCCGCCAAGGGCCGCCCUGGCGCCGUCAUCGACGGCUUCGGCCUCUUCGUAUCCGCCCCAGGCCCCACCUGCUCGACAGCAGCCGCAGCCGCAUCAACAGCAGCAGCGCGAACCGAGCCAGGCAGCAUACAACGAAGCGAUUGCUCGGCUCGCAAGAUCAGGAAUCAGCCUGCCGCGCAGCACGACGCUGCGCAUCUGGAAGACGGGCGAGGACGAGGCGGCGAGGGAGGCGUUGACGCUUGUGCGCGAGCUCCGGCGGGGCGUGCGGCCCGUCGAUCGAUAGACUACCUUACACAUGCACGGCCAAAGAAAGGGCCGAUGAACCAUUUGGUGACAGCACGCUUCAUCUCGUCAACUUAUUGCUCUUUGUUCAAUUUGCACUCCAUUAGCAACCAUAAGGCUAGAGAAUGAAGUGACGGACCUGGCUAAAUGCCGA